AUGGCUAAUCCAGGUUUUGCUAUCACCUUAGCCAUUGUUGUUAUAACAACUUUUGUAACAUACUCUGAGGGUGCACCUCGUGCUUUUUUUGUGUUUGGGGACUCACUUGUUGACAAUGGCAAUAACAACUUCUUGGCAACCACUGCCCGAGCUGAUUCUCCGCCUUAUGGCGUUGAUUAUCCAACUCAUCGUCCUACUGGUCGUUUCUCCAAUGGUUUAAACAUUGCUGAUCUUAUAAGCAAACAACUUGGCGCUGAUCCAACAUUGCCGUAUUUGGACCCUGCGCUUGAUGGAGAUAAGUUGCUAGUGGGAGCAAAUUUUGCUUCCGCUGGAAUUGGAAUACUUAACGAUACUGGGAUACAGUUUGUGAAUAUAUUAAGAAUCUAUGAUCAACUAGACUUGUUUCAACAAUACCAGCAACGUGUGAGUGCUCUAAUAGGAGCUGAACAAACUACGCGGCUAGUGAAUGGUGCGCUUGUCCUUAUUACUCUUGGUGGCAAUGACUAUGUCAACAACUACUUCCUAACACCAAUUUCCGUUAGACAACUUCAGUAUAACAUCCAGGAUUACUCUCAUGUCGUUAUUACUGAGUACAGUAAGAUUUUGACGAGACUACAUGAUCUUGGAGCUAGAAGAGUGCUAGUUACUGGAACUGGACCACUUGGUUGUGUCCCAGCAGAGCUAGCCUUGUGGAGCUCAAAUGGGGAAUGUGCUAACGAACUUCAACAAGCUUCAAAAAUUUUCAACCCACUACUUGUCCAAAUGACUAUGCGUCUCAAUCAACAACUUUCCUCUGAUAUCUUUGUUGCCGUCAAUGCCAUGGAACUGCAGAAUGAUUUCAUCAACAAACCAAAAGAAUUCGGUUUUGUUACAUCAAAGAUAGCAUGUUGUGGACAAGGACCUUACAACGGACUUGGACUAUGCACGACUGCAUCAAAUCUAUGCACCAACAGAGAUGAGUACGCGUUUUGGGAUGCUUUCCAUCCAACAGAAAAGGCGAACAAGAUCAUUGUUAAAACUAUUUUUACUGGUUCGAACAAGUACAUAUCACCUAUGAAUUUAAGCACCAUUAUGGCCAUCGAUUCUCUGUAG